AUGCUCACCUUCACUCCCCACCUCGCCAUGCUCGCCAGUCUCCUCGCCGUCACCAUCUUACCCGCGUCCACAAUAGCCGCCGCCGCCGUCGAGGCCAAAGGUUUUAAUCCGCUCAAUAGCAUUUCUGGACACAGACUCGGAGGACUCGGAGGCAAGAGGCAGAUGUUCGAAAGAGACGAGAUAGACGAGCAAUCCGGGGUGCCAGGAACGAUUGAUAUCCAACUCAGUGGGUGGCUCUGCUACAUCCCUCUUUCUCAACAUCAGUACUUUGACUCUGGACGAAUCGUACACGGACGGGACGCACUUGAUCAUGGCUCAGUCUACCGCGUCCCUUCCAUUUGUGUUGAAUGCGGCUCCGGGGGUAGGGUCUCUCUCCACGUAGCAGAUUUCCCGGCCUCCGGCCUCUGCGUCACCGCCAGUCUGGUCAAAGCACAGCCCUUCACAGUAGAACGUUGCUCCAACUCCAAGGACGCCAACGCGCACAAGACACAAGUUUUCCGGUAUAACAAGCAGACGGGGGUUAUCCAAGCACUACGGCCCACUGGCUCUACUCCCUCCGGCGACGCGCUGACUGGACCCUACCGCGGUCGUACUCUUACGUUCGUCCCGGGUGUAGCGAAGACCGAGGAUGGCAAAGACUCUUCUUCGAGCACGGCGAAUACCGCAACGGAGGCAGAGGCGGAGGCGGAGACAGGCGCGCAGUCCGGCUCUAGCAGCUCGACCCAAUGA